AUGUAUCUUCAAGAUUUGCCCCCCGAGCUGUUCCAACAAGUAACACACGAUCUGGUCGAUGUUAUCGGAAUCCGACGCGCAUGGAAUCUGCGAAACUUCGUUAACUAUACUCAAACCCGGAUUCUGGUGAGAUUCUUCGACCGAUAUCUGCUCAACCGGCUUCAUGUACCACUUGAUGCUGAUCUGGAUUUUCUUGCUAAGAUCAAGAUCUUGAUCGAAUAUCUGUUUGAGGAACUGGGGGCGAAAGAUCGUCAACAGCGUGAAGAGAUCACCACCAAAUUUUGUAAGGGGAUCAGUGGGUUGUCGAACGAAUACAUUAUUCUUGGUGGACUUCGAGCUCGAAACGAUCCUCCUCAGCCGUAUGACUACGUAUGUAAAACGUGGACGUAUCAGGAGCUUGACGCACACGACAAGGCAUCUGCAGCGUUCGCCGUGGAAGAAUACCACCUCAUACCGAAAAUGUUUCCGGAGCUUGGCAAUAACAGAAAGUUACAUUUUCUUGAGUUCAGUUCUCUCAAUAUGGCUAUAGCACUAAGUGGGGAGACGCUAUUGGAGCCGAUUCUGCAGUACCUAGAAUCACUCAAGUUGCCCGACCUUGAUCGCUUCUUUGAACUCGCCUUAAAUGGCAACACCGGCUUCAAUAUCUCCCAAGGCAUCUCUAGAGCCAUUUACAAAGGAAACCUCCAUGCUACUAAGACCCUACUAGGAUUUUACAGCAAGAAUAUGCCUAAUAUGGGUCCGAAGAAGUGGGCCUCAUUGGUCGAAGUCGCCGUCAUCGAGGGUAGACACAGCCCACACGACUUUCUCACGCCCAUUCUCAACUACAAGCCCAGAGGCAAGUCCCACGUCACUCGUCGGACACUAAUCUCGGUGUGCGAAUUCGGCUCUCGCGCUAUGGUCAAUAGCAUACUAGCACAUUGGAACACUGAUAUCAACACUGGCUCAAUCCUUACCCUCCCACUUUUCAUCGCUGUCCGCUCAGGAAACCACCACGCUGUCAGCGCCGCCCUAGAUUCAGGAGCCGAUAUCAGCAUUUCUGUUGCAUCUAACAUUCCAACCCUGGUCAAACGUGACUUGACGGCGCUCGAAGUUGCCAUCUACAGACGAAAGGUCGACGUUGCUAAAGUGCUCAUUGAUGCUGGGUCGAUCGUGCCUCACAUCUCGACGUGGCCGACGCACAGGCGCAUGUAUAAUCUCCUCCGUGAGAGUGUUCACAAGAAAACCAAUGCAAAAUUGCCCGAGUUGUGGCAGUUCAAGGAUAUGAGCAAGGCAGACAUGCAGGCGUUGGAGUACUAA